AUGGCUGAGAUGGAGGAGCGGAGCCUGGACAACUUCUUCGCCAAGAGAGACAAGAAGAAGAAGAAGGAGCGGAGCAACCGGGCGGCGAGCGCCGCGGGUUCGGCGGGCGUCGCCGGCGGGAGCAGCGGAGCCGCGGGCGCGGCGGGCGGUGGGGCGGGCGCGGGGACCCGGCCGGGCGACGGCGGGACCGCGGGCGCGGGGGCCACGGGCCCCGGGGCCGCCACCAAGGUUGUGACAAAGGAUGAAGAUGAGUGGAAAGAAUUUGAGCAAAAAGAGGUUGAUUACAGCGGCCUAAGAGUUCAAGCAAUGCAAAUAAGUAGUGAAAAGGAAGAAGAUGAAAAUGAAAAAAGAGAAGAUCCAGGUGAUAACUGGGAAGAAGGCGGAGGAGGUGGUGGUGGUGUAGAAAAAUCUUCAGGUCCCUGGAAUAAAACAGCUCCGGUACAAGCACCUCCUGCUCCAGUAGUUGUUACAGAAACCCCAGAACCAACAAUGACUAGUGGCGUGUAUAGGCCUCCUGGGGCCAGGUUGACCACAACAAGGAAAGCAUCCCAAGGACCACCAGAAAUCUAUAGUGAUACACAGUUCCCAUCCCUGCAGUCCACUGCCAAGCAUGUAGAAAGCCGGAAGGAUAAAGAAAUGGAGAAGAGCUUUGAAGUAGUAAGACACAAAACUAGAGGUAGGGAUGAGGUUUCAAAAAACCAGGCCCUUAAACUUCAGCUAGACAACCAGUAUGCUGUGCUUGAGAAUCAGAAAAGCAGCCACACACAGUACAAUUAA